AUGGCCACAUUCCCCCAAGAAACCCUCCUUAUCAUCAUCCACUGGAAACCUCCGGCAGCGUGGAUCUCCUCUGUAUCCCACGCCUUCCCUAACCUCCGGAUCAUAUGCCAUGAAGUCAGCAUCUGGGACAAAAAGCUCCCCGAGAUCCCCGAGGAGACAUGGAAGAGUGUCACAAUCCUCUCUGUCCUAAGUGGGGGGGUUAAUCAGGUUCAUGGAUUGCCAUUGUAUGAAAAGACAGAUAUUACGUUUGCGUCGAGCAUCUUUUCGACUUUUCUCUCCUUUCAGCACCACCUCCCUCAAUACAUGGAAUAUCAGAAAAUGAACAAAUGGAUGGACCCCGAGUCAUACGAAGACACGGAGGAUGCAGUCGGUCUCAGAGUUGGCCUUCUCGGCUACGGGUCUGUCGGCCGACAAUGUGCUCGUGUCGCUCGUGCACUCGGCAUGGAAGUUUACGCCUAUACAUACCAUGAUCGGCCGACUUCCUCAUCGCGAAAGACCGAGUCCUUCACUGUUCCGGGAGCAGGCGAUCCCAACGGUGAAUUCCCAGCACAAUGGUUCUCAGCCGAAAAGAACGAGCUGGACACCUUCCUCACGUCGGAUCUUGAUCUCCUUGUUGUUACUGUCCCCAUCACCCAGGACACCAAUGGAUUGAUCGGCCAGAAACAAUUCGACCUCUUGAGUAAAAAGAGGGCAUUCCUAAGUAAUGCAUCCCGGGGCAAGGUCAUCAACACCGAUGCCUUGCUGGAUGCGUUGCGUACCGGGAAGAUUCGGGGUGCCGGGCUGGAUAAGACCGAUCCUGAGCCGUUGCCGGCAGAUCAUGAGUUGUGGAAUGUUAGGAAUGUGAUUAUUACGCCACAUUGUGGGGGUUGUUCGACACAAUAUAAUAAGCGUGGGUUGGAGAUUUUGAAGGGAAAUUUGGAGCGGUGGAUGAAGGGGGGGGAGGUCCGUAAUCUGGUUGAUAGGGCUCUGGGAUAUUAG